AUGUCCUCCAGAUUGUUCUCAGUGGAGAACGUCGGUGUUCGGGACGGGAAUCUACGCCGCCGUGUCCUCCGUCUGUGGAGCUGCAGUUCACAGGGGGUUCUGGGGACGUCCGGCGGUCCCGUUAAGGUCCACAAGCUGCACGGUCGACACAACUACCAGAGCUCCUACGCGCACGGCGUCCACUCCCAGGCCCUGUCCCACUGGACCGCCUCCUUCAGCCUCACCAAACCAGUAAAUGUUCCACUGGAGCUGACCAGUGAAACCAGUACGACAGCUCUACCAGCAGUACGACCAGACUGUCAGAUGGACAUCGGCUUGGUGAUCGACAGCAGCAACAACAUCGGUCAGAGAAGGUUCAACCUGCAGAAGAACUUUGUGGCCAAACUGGCGGCCAUGCUGAGAGUGGGACCGACCGGACCUCAUGUUGGACUGGUCCAGGCCAGUGAUUCUCCCAGAACAGAGUUCCUUCUGACCAACUACACUCAGCCUAAAGAGCUGCUGUUCGCUAUCAAGGAGUUGACUUACCUGGGAGGAGACACCAACACAGGUAGGGCCAUCAUGCACACGGCUGAGAACUUCUUCACCCAGGAGAACGGGGGCAGACGGGGUCAUCCUCGGGUCAUGAUGGUUCUGGUGGACGGCUGGCCCUCAGACGACCUGGAGCAGGCGGCCCUGUUGGCCAGAGAGAGCGGCAUCAACGUCUUCCUGGUUUCUGUGGCCAAACCCACGGCCGAGGAGCUGGGAAUGGUGAGGGACAAGGACUUCAUGAAGAAGGCGGUUUGCAGAGACAACGGCUUCUUCAGUUAUUCCAUCCCCAGCUGGUUCAGUAAAACCUGCUACAACUCCGUGAACAUCGGGUUCCUCAUCGACGGUUCCUCCAGCGUCGGUGACACAAACUUCCGGCUGGUUUUGGAUUUCUUGGCUGGAAUCGCCAGAAGCUUCGAAAUCUCGGACGUUGGAGCUCGAAUCGGUGCUGUCCAGUUCACCUACGACCAGCGGCUGGAGUUCGGUCUGUUCGACUAUUCCAACAAGGAGGAGGCCAUCAGCGCCCUGAGGAGGAUCCCCUACAUGGCCGGAGGGACGUCAACGGGAUCCGCCAUCAGCUUCGCCACCCAGAAACUGUUCAGACAAGCAGGACGAGGACGAAACUUCCUGAUCGUGGUGACCGACGGCCAAUCGUACGACGAUGUGGCAGGACCAGCGAUAGCUGCUCAGAAACAAGGCAUUACCAUCUACUCCGUUGGCACGGCAUGGGCGCCACUGGAUGACCUCAGAGUGAUGUCAUCAGAGCCCAAAGACAGCCACACCUUCUUCACCAGAGAGUUCAGCGGCCUGAUGGAGUUCGUCCCGGCGCUGGUUCGAGGAAUCUGCAGAGACUUCACUGAGAACAACUGA